CCUUGCCCGACGCAGUUCUGGAGCUCAGACGGUGCAGUGAUAAUUCGGACGUCAUUCCGUCUGUGCUCAGGUCUGUUUCUCAUGGUUUUCGGUCUGGUCGCAUUCCCACCAGCAUGGCGCACGAACAGACUCCGUUGUUGGGCAAGGGCGACCGGCCGCCGACCGGCAAAGCCUACUUCAGUAGGAUUUUGGCAGGACUAGUUGGUGUCUUCCUCGCGAGCGCCGACAAGUCCAUUCUGUUGGCCACUCAAGGCGAGAUCGCCUCGUCGCUGCAUUCCCCGUCCAGUGCGUCGCUGCUGCUGGUGAUUUACAAUGUGGGAUUCUGCAUCGCAUUGCCGGUGUACGGCUUCCUGAGCGACAUCUACGGGUGUCGGCGAUUCCUUCUUUCGGCAUACGGCCUAUUCGCGGUGGGAUGUUUGAUCUCUGGCAUCUCCGAUACUCUAUGGCCCUUUGUUCUGGGUCGCUUGAUCUCAGGGAUGGGGGGUGCAGGCAUGACCGAUCUCCUCUCCGUCCUGGUGAACGAAAUGUUCGACAUCACGGAAGUCGCAUCAGUGCGGAGUUACAUCAUCGCAGCCGGUAUCGUCGGGCAGGGCUGUGGAGGACCGCUGGGGGCGCUGGUCGCCGACCUGGUCGGUUGGAGAUGGUCUUUGAUCGGUCAAACCCCUAUUGCGAUGCUCUGUCUGGCUCUCGCGCAGUGGCAGUUCUCUACCAUCCCGGCCGCUGAAACACACUCGGGCAAACACCUGAGCCUGUGGAACUUCGAUUACUUGGGAGUGGCCAGCUUUUUCAUCCUGGUCACGUCGUUCAUCCUAGCCACCACCGAGGGGGGAAUCGCAUAUCUCUCGUCUCAGACUCCAGCUUUGCUGGCGGUGUCGGGGAUCUUUCUCGUGGUGUUCGUGCUGAUUGAGCGGUUUGGGACCAACCACCCCGUCAUCCCCCCUUCGAUCGUCUGUUCCCCGGGGCUCGGGGCCAUCUUCGGCGGCCAGGUCAUCUACUUCGCCACCGUCACCACCAUCCUGAAUAACCUCCCCGCCUACCUCUACCGAAUCGACCACCUCUCCAACUCCGCCAUCGCCAUCCGUAUCUGGCCCGCAGCCCUCGGCCUGAUCUCCGGCUCCAUCAUCGCCGGCAAAGCCCUCAGCAGAAACCUGCAAUCCCGCAAGCUGUCCCUCAUCGCGAUCCUCAUCACUCUUGUCUCACUCACCCUAAUGGUCCUCCGCUGGCUACACGGCAUCCAACCCCUGGAGGUCCUGUACUGCUUCCCGUGGGGCCUCGGCGGCGGACUCUUCCUGUCGGCGCAGUUCAUCGCGCUGACGAUCCGGGCGCCCGCUGCGCAGCUCGCCAGCGCCAUCGCCGUGUACCAUCUCGCGCAGCAGGUGGGCCAGAUCGUGGGGACGAGCGUCAGCGCCGCCGCGCUGCAGUGGGUGUUUCGGGCGCGGGUGGCCGUGGGGUUGGGGGAGGUGGCGGAGGAGGGGAAGCGGGAGCAUAUCGUCCAGGAUUAUAAUUUCACCACCACGCUGCCGCGGGCGGUGCAGGUGGCCGUGCAGGAGAGUUUUAUUGAGGCUUAUCGCAUUAUUCCUGGUAUGUUGCCCUCCCCUCCUAUGGGUAGAUAG